ACCGCGCCGACGGACCAGACGCGGCGGCGACAAUCACGGAGGAAUCUGACCGCGCGGCACGGCUCGGUUCUCCGGGAAGUUAGAGCCCCGCUGCCCGCCUGAACGGUCGCUCAACCCGGCGUUCUCUCUCGGAUACAACCGGACACACGCACACGAGCAGCUGAGAGGCGGAACACUAUGGCGACGCUGGGACCGGAGUCGGCUCGUCCCGCUCUCGGUUCUUCCCCGUCGGUCCAGACGCACCUCGGCAGCGCCAACCUGCCGCCCAACCGGGGCUUGGAGCGGGCGCUGGAGGAGGCGGCGGCCAGCGGCGUCCUCAACCUCAGCUCCCGAAAGCUGAAGGAGUUCCCCCGGACGGCCGCCAACCACGACCUGACCGACACGGUGGAAGCAGACCUGUCAAAGAACCGGCUCACUGACGUCCCCUCGGAGGUCUGCCACCUGGUCGCCUUGGAGACACUAAACCUGUACCACAACUGCAUCAGGACCAUCCCAGACAGCGUCAUCAGCCUGCAGUCGCUCACCUCCGUCAACCUCAGUCGUAACCAGCUGGGCUCUCUGCCGGCCUGUUUGUGUGGUUUACCUCUGAGAGUCCUCAACGCCAGCAACAACAAGCUGGUCAGCCUGCCGGAGACCAUCGGACAGCUGCACAGCCUCAUGGAGCUGGACAUCAGCUGCAACGAGAUCACGGCUCUUCCUCGGCACAUCGGCAGACUCAAAGCUCUACGAGAACUAAACGUUCGCCGAAACCUUCUCUGUGUUUUGCCAGAAGACCUGGCUGACCUUCCUCUGGUGAAGUUCGACUUCUCCUGUAACAAGGUUUCCACCAUCCCGGUGUGUUACAGGAAAAUGAAGCAGCUCCAGUCGCUCCAGCUAGAAAACAACCCACUGCAGAGUCCACCUGCACAGAUCUGUAUAAAGGGUAAAGUUCACAUAUUCAAGUAUCUGAGCAUCGAGGCAUGUCGCAGCGAGAAGAUGCCCGACUCGCUCUACCUGCCCGUCAUCGAGCGACUCAGCCUAUCACGACCCACCGCUGGCAGCGUGGAGGACAUGGAGCAGCAGAAGAAGCAGGACAGCGAUUCAGGCGUCGGCAGCGACAACGGAGACAAGAGGCUGUCGGCCACCGAGCCGUCAGAUGAAGACAGUCUGAGUCUGAACGUACCGAUGAGCAACAUCACUGAGGAGGAAGGAAUCAGCAAAGACGACUCCAGCGAACACAUCAGCUCACUGUCAGCCGACCCCAACUCGGACUCGGUGCGUCUGAUCGAGGAGAGUCCUACGGAAGCCCUGAAGGACCAGUUCAGCUACAGAGACUCGGCUCUCAGCACUCGAUUCAUCAACUACAUCAAGGGUCGGACGGCGGCGGACUUCGACGAGCCCCUCAGGAUAGAAGAAGACUCACACUGGCCGACGGAACAGACGUCCAGAGUGAGUCGGAGCAAAGAGCUCCACAUUGACAUGAUCAACCAGCUGAAGGAGGCCGUGGAGCUGCUGCAGGACCCCAGCAGAGUGAACACGGAGGAUGAUCUGUCUGGAGUCCAGCUCUACCCGGUGGAGAUGGUCACUGUGGACGAGUCGCUCAAUGGGCAGGACAGCGACGACGGCACCACAACACCGAAGCAGCGCAUGGAUGAAGGAGGCUAUGAGUUCCAGAAGAAGAGACAGAUGAUUCUAGAGAAGGCCAGGUUUGAGGCCCAGCUUGCAUGCCGGGAGUAUGAAUGGCAUAUGUCGCUGCAGCGAGAUGACAGGUCUCCAGGCAGCGGACAUCCAUCCUUCUCCAGCCCGCCGUUUGGACUGAAGCCUCGCUCAGCCCCGCCCUCGCUGCCCUGCUCGCCCCCUUCUUCCUGUCUCGACCCCUCCCUCCUCCCACAGGCCUCGCCCUUCCAUAGAGAAACAGCUCGUAGCCAUGACGACGGAGGCAUGAACAGCCGCGUUUUCCUGCGGAGCCACAAGAGUCUGGAGUCGGUGGAUCCUCAGUUCACGAUGAGGAGGAAGAUGGAGCAGCUGCGAGAGGAGCUGGAGCUCAUGGAGCAGCUGAGAGACAGCAUCGAGAGCAGACUGAAGGUCGUCCUCCCUGAAGACCUCGGCUCGUCUCUGAUGGACGGCGUUGUCCUCUGCCAUCUGGCCAAUCACAUUCGCCCGCGGUCCGUCGCCAGCAUCCACGUCCCCUCACCUGCAGUGCCCAAACUCAGCAUGGCCAAGUGUCGGAGAAAUGUGGAGAACUUCCUGGACGCCUGCAGAAAAAUAGGCGUACCGGAGGACAAACUGUGUCUUCCUCACCACAUCCUGGAGGAGAAAGGUCUGAUGAAGGUUUGCGUCACGGUUCACGCUCUGGUGGACGAGGCGUCGCCCAAACUCUCCCUGCUGACGUGAGCGACGGCGAACGGAGCUUCCAGCGGCCGACACGUACAACAAACACACACCUGGAUCCAAACACUGACUUCACACGACGCUACGGCAUCCUCCUUCGAGUGUUUUUAGUAUAUUUAAGGAUGCAAGGUGGUGUUAAGGGAACUAAAACCCAUCAGAAGUGGAUUUCUGUACUAAUUCAUUAGAGAGCCUGAUGGGAAACCAGCGCUCGACUGGUUGAAUCACGUGUUUGAUUCCCGUUUAUUCAGGUAAACCCAAGAAACACAAACUGAAGGGCAUAAAUUCAACUGUUUUGUUUUGGACUUGAUUCCGAAAUUCUUACACUGGCUGGUACCAAACAUUUAAAAGAAAUACUGACAGGAAGACAAGUCUGAUUUUGAGAAUAAAGUCAAAAUAUUUAGUGAAAAAAAUCUAUAAAUUGGAUAAAAAGGUGUAAUUUUAUGGAAUUAUUCUGAAUUUUUUUGGGAAUGUGUAGGAUUUUACUUGAAAAGGUUUUAAAAUUUUGAUGCAAAGUUGUAAUUUUACAAAACAGGGCUUUAUCUCUAACUCUAAAAACUGCAUUUAUCGUAAAAUUACAACUUUAUUGUUGUAUUAUAACUUCUUUUGCAAAGAUUUUAGCUUUAUUCUGCCUCAUUAUAUGCAACUUUAUUCUCAACAUCUCAAUGUUUUCUUUCCAUAAGUGCGGCUCUCUAAUAAUCUGUGAUUUUACUCCAAAUUCGAUGCAGUUUAUGAACCUUUUUUUUUCAUUCUGAACCAUUUAUUUCAGUGUAAAAGCACCGACUUCACCAUUCAUUUCAUGCUGUCUCUGCACACUUGAGCAAUCUCUACAAUAACUUUGAUAAUCAUCAGUUUUCUGUCUGCAGAUCUUAGACUUUCUUCUACUGAGUGACGUGUUUCUGGACUGUGUUGAGUAUUUUCACUCUCAGAAGAGAACAAAACCAAAAUACUAUAGUCUUAACGUAGACGGCUUUUAACCACAAUUUAUAUUUAAACAGGAAGAUAUUUAUGAUAUAAAGAGAAGCUGUUUGAGUCGAUGUAUACAGUCAGAAAGAAAUAGCCCAGAAAUAUUUUUCUCUAAUAUAUUUUAGGUAUAACUGUGUAUGUUUUCUAAGGUUUUGCUAUGACUGUGUGGAGCUCUGUGCAUGUCCCUGCAGCAGGUCGGUGUGGGGACGCUAAUCCUCGGUAAUCGUAUCAAGCCAGUCCAGGUAACGUUAGUUUGGUCGUUUCUUUCACCUGCAUCCCGUCACUCGGUGUUCAGGGUGAAGCUUCUACUUAAUGUUUGUAUGAAAUGCAGUUUGCUAAUGUGCCAAAACACGUGUGGUGGUGAUAGAACGAAUACAAGCAAAACACAAGUCACUAAGCUUCAAGGGCAAAUAUCACUUUUAAACAUGGAAAGUCAUGGAUGGAUUAUUGAACAGGGGUCGAAGGGGUCAGUGUUUGGGAAAACUUCUUGAUUGUGAAUCGAUCAAGAAACUUUAAACAACCACAAAGAGACAAAGAAAAGACUACAAAGAUGUGGAAAAUGUCUGAAAAAGACAAAAAGAGACACAAAGUACCCAUAGGGUCCUCAGUUUUACUACAAAGAGUUGGAAAUGAUCCCAAAAAGAUAGAAAGUGACCACAAAGAGACACAAAACAACGACAAAGAGACUCAACAUGACCACAAGGUAGUUGAAAAGAGUCUUACAGCGACACAAGACAACGACAGAUACUCAGUUUGGCCACAAAAAAAUGAAAAGUGAUCGCAAAGAGACUCAGUAUGACCACAAUAAGAUGGAAAAGACCUCAGAGUAACAAGAUUACCAUAAAAACGCACAAAAAUAAACCACUGAGACUCAACAAGACUCAGAGAAAAGAGAAAAAGAUAGAAAUGACCAUAAAAAGACACUAUGAGACACAAAAUGCAACAAAGAGUCAUAGAACAACCACAGAUACUCAACAAAGAUGGAAAAUCACCACAAAGAGACACAAAGUGACUACAAAGAGAUGGAGAAGAUGUCAGAGACACGAAAUGACCAAAAAGAGACACAAAACUACCAAUCAAGACUUGAUAUGUUUGGAAAGAGAUUGAAAAUGACCACAAACCGAAACACAAUGACAAAAAAGAGACAUAAAAAUACCACAAACAGACAGAAAACAACCACAGAUACUCGAUUUGACUACGAUGAUGGAUGGACUACAGUGACCACAAAGAGACACAGAGUUACAACAAAGAGAUAGGAAAGACUUCAGAAAAACAAAAUGACCACAAAAGACAACAAAGACUCUCUAUACUACCCCAGCAAGACUCAAAAUGACGACAAAGACACAAUGUGACCACAAUCACAUGGAAAAUUACCACAGAGACACAGAACUACCAAGGCAAGACUCAACGUGAUUGGACAGACAUUGCAAACUAACAUAAAAUGAACACAAAACAGCUACAGAGACUCAGUGUGACAACAAUGGGAUAGAAGAUGAUGACAGACAUAAAAUUACCACAAAGCAAAUAAAAAGAACUACAAAGAGACACAAAAAUGCCCUAAACAGACAGCAUGCUCAGCUACAAAGAUGGAAAAGGGCCUCAAAGAGACAACAAAAAUGACCACAAAUGGACACAAAUAGCCCCAGAGAUUCAACAUGACCUCAGAGAGAUGGUAAAUCACCACAAAAAGACACAAAACAACCAAAGAAGCUCAGCAUGUCUACAGCAAGAUGGAAAAGGAUCUGAAUAGACACAAAAUGACCACAAAGGAGCUUAAUGUGACUACAAAGUAAUUAAAAAGAACCUAAAAGUGACCUAAAAGAGAUGCAUCACAAGCCCUAAAGCUCAACAUGACCUCAACAAAAUGGAACAGGACCAUGAAGAGACACAAGAUGACUACAAAGACACGGAAGAUUACUGUAAAAACACAAAAACAAACAGACACCAAAAUGACUGUAAAAGUCCAUUUUCCACAUCAGUACCAGGAGCCCUUUGUUCAUUAAUCCAUCCAUGACUCACCUGAUGCAUCACCUGUGUUUCUACCUGAACACCUGCAGAGUCGGUCUAGGUUAUUAAGACAUCUGUUGGGUCGGUAAACACUCACGUAGCUUCAUCUCCGACUAAAUCAGUCUGAACUCAGGAGGAACUUUUACACGUUUUUAAAACUACUUUAAAAGAAAAAAACGACUGAGUGUCAAAUAACUAGUCCGAUUAUCUUCUGGCUAAAGUUCCUGUUCAGACUUUGAGGUUUCAUCCGGAGUUGUGGCUGUGAGAUUACAGACCAUGUGACUCACAUCAGGUUUGGGUUUUUAUUCCACUGUUGAUGCCUCAUUUCCAACCUGCUACGUCAACAGUAUUUGUAUGUGAGUGUCAGAAAGUGUGUGAAAACAGGAAAGUUUGAAUUAUGUGACACAAACCAAGACUUUAAAGGGGCAGUAGGUAAUUAUUUACCUUUAUUUCUCUACUGUGAGAUCAGUUUUAAACACAUUUUUAUGCACAUUUUGAAGUUUAGCAGCAGAAAAGUUAAUAUAACUACAAAAAUUAGAGGAAAAUUAUAAGAAAACAGCCAAAAAUAAAUAUUUUACACUCACUUCAGGUAGUUUUUGCGCUUCAUGGAAGAUAAAAACUGAUUCAAUUCUGACAUAACUCACAUUAAUGAAUGUGAAUGAAUGAUUUUUGAAAAAUAUCCCCUUCAGAAAGCAGUAAAAAUACUAAAUGUACUAAAUCUGGUCAUAUUUGAUUUAAAAUUACACAUUUACUUUAAAUAAUACUUUUAAGUUUUUAUACAAAUUAGCUCCAAAUUUUGUCAGAUUUUUAUAUCACAUGAUUAUCCACAUGAUUAGUUCAAGGACUGUCAGAAAGUUAAAAAAUUCUUUCUGUUUUUACAGUUUGUUGCUGAUAAAUGGUGACUUUUUAAAAACUUUUUUUAAAGAAAGAUGAUUUUUGAACCCUGUGACAUGUUUGGUGUUCAGGGGAUUAAUAUAAAAUAUCACCCAAAAGAAAUAAUAUUGACUGGAAUCAAAUCUAAAAACAAUCUGAGUGGAAAAUAAUACAAAAACUCAACGCCGCCCUCUACAGGCAGCGAGCAGGAACUGCAGGAGCCAACAAAAAAAAAAAAAAAGACUUUUAGGCUGCAAGUUAAAGUGUGUAGCAGAAAGAAGUUUACGUUCUUUAAUUUUAGGCUCUUUGUUCCCCUAAUAAAUGUUGCUGUAUUUGUUUGAUCACAGAUCUACUUACUGUCCCUUUAAAACCAACGUCUUAAAAGUAGAAUUUGAUGCAAUGAAGCGUUCAACUUGCAGGUUAGUGUGAAUGAGUGUUCAAAGUUAUUUUUUUUUCUUUGCAGCUUCGUAUCCAAAGUUUGAGCUACUUAAAGGUUCAACAGUAAAAUAUGAAUAAAAAUGAUGAAAAAAAGAAAUAAAUCAAUGAGUAGAUAAAGAAAUGCUUCCACUGGAGAGAUUUGACAGUUGCCAAAACAAACCUUUUCCCUGCGGCGUUAAAGGCUUUAUUUAAAUGUACUAUAAAUCUGUGUACAUAUUAUUUAUCACGAGGGUUUGCUGUUUGUUCCUGUACUGUACAUUUCACCAUAAAACACUCACAUCAGCAAACUUUAAGCGCCUGUUCUUCAUAGUCAUGCAUAAAAAAAUACAGAAAUGUUCACAUAUUUCAACACUAUGGCAGCUGAGUGACUAAAAAACACAAAAAGCAGUAUAUUCUGAUGUAUAUGUGCUGGUAUUUUCUGCAAAACUGUAUUAAUAUUCCUCAGUAAAGAGCAACAAAUGGUUAGACACACAUUUCUGAUGUCAAAUUUACAAAAAGAAUCCCAAAUAAAGUCAUAAAAGAACAAUUAUGAGGGUUAAACUGUUGGUUUUUGUGCUGCGCAAUAAAUAAAUCUGCAUUUAAUUCUAGAUUUUUGCUCAUAGUUUCCACAUCGCAACGGUGUUUUGGAUUUUUAAAAAAGCAAUAAAAACCAAACUGGCUGCUUCCCGACAGAAUCUGCACUUUAAUCUAUUUAUAUCUUUGUUUUGGCAACUGAGAGAAUCUGAAACCAAUGUUUGAACAGAGUUUAAAUGUGACGCUGGUUGUAAAUUGUGUAAAUGUACCUGCUGAAGCAGUGUCGUGUCAUUUUUUUAUGUCUCCUCUUUUGUAUAAAGAUAUCCGCCUGUAUUUCACAGUUUUGUACUUUUUCUGACUUUGGGAGCAAAUUUUAUUUUUCUGUGAUUCUUUUCGGGUUUGUUGGACUUUUUUCGAUGUAACGGAACCCUUUUGUAACUCUUUGUGAAACCUUUUGUGUAAUUUUGUUGUACAGCAACUUAAAUCUACGUGCAUGAAGCGUCCCUGUAACGUCGCCUUAACUGCUGUGAAUACUGUAAAUAGUUUACUGUAUUUCUCAUCACUUUAUCAGUAAAGACGUCACCUGUCGAAAACAA